CAUGGGGAGGCCCAACUCCAUUGAGCAGUUUGCACACCCUAAGGUCUAGCCUGCUUACACACACGUAAACCACUCUAAAAAUGAACAAAUUAUCUAUAUCCGAACUCAAGAUGGAUAUCUCAAGGAAUUUUAAUCUCAAGUUGGCAUUUUUGGUCGCUUUCUUCUUCUUCUUCAUUGCAUCAGCUAUGUGGAUUAAAUCUGAAGCAAAUGAAAUCAGUAGUUUCGUCACAUCCUCUCAGACAGAUACGUAUGGUGAUGCAGGUUGUCCAAAAUCUUGUACAGGAUUAACUGAAUGUGGGCAUUGUUGUGAUAGUAAACCUAAGAAUGAUGGAGCAUAUUAUAUUCCAACCUGUAAUGAGCAGCACCUCUGCGAAUGUGCUAAAUUUAUUCCACCUGCACCUCCAAUUGCGAAUUGAGUUUUGGAAUAUUGGCAUGCAACCUUCAUGUAUGAAUGAGAAAAAAACAUACAUAAAAAAUAAAUAA